AUGGCACCGGGCAUCAAGAGCGGUUUGGUAGUGUUUAUGUGUUUUCUUCCACAAGCGAUUGCGAUGAUAGAAGGCUUAUACUGUGGUCUUGAAAAUUGUUAUGAAAUACUUGAAAAUGUUGAUAGAGAUUCUACAAAGGCAGACAUAACAAAAGCCUACAGAAGAUUAGCACGAAAAUGGCAUCCAGACAUGCACAAGACAAAGGCAAAAAAGGAAGAAGCAGAAAAAAUGUUUACAAAAAUAGCCAAUGCAUAUGAGAUUUUACGAGAUGAAGAACAAAGAACAGAUUAUGAUUAUAUGUUGGAUCAUCCAGAUGAGUAUCUCGCUAACUAUUAUAACUACUACAGACGUCGGUAUGCUCCUAAAGUUGAUCCUCGUAUUGUUGUGGUUGUCACAAUUUCCAUCAUAUCUUUAAUCCAGUAUUGGGCUGCGUGGAAUAACUACAACACUGCUAUCACAUAUCUAAGUAAGGAACCAAAAUACAGGUUCAGAGCUCAGGAAAUUAUUAAACAAGAAAAACUUUUUAAUAGUACGAACAAAAAGAAGGAUCGGAGAAAUAAGGAACAGAUACGAGAGGAGGAAGAAGCUGUUAUUAGAAAAGUUAUAGAAGAGAAAAUGGACAUUAGGGGUGCAUAUCAGAAACCGACUAUUUACGAUGUACUAUGGCUACAAAUACUCCUGCUUCCAUACACCCUGUACAAGUAUGUUGUGUCCUGUGUCGAUUGGACAUGGCGAUACAGAAUUAAAAAGGAGGAAUAUGAUCUGGCAGCUAAAUACUACCUCAUUCGAAGAAACUUGAAAGUUAGUCAAGGACAAUUUGAUGCUUUACAAGACCAUGAAAAAGAAGAUUAUUUACUACAAGAACUUUGGAUAAAGGAAAAAUUUCUGGUGUGGAAAAAAGAAAAGGAAGAUGAAAUGAAAAUUAAAAUGGCAGAAAGUGCUAGAUAUAAAAGUUAUCGUCGUUACAUGAAGAAAGGAGGACCAGGACAAAUGUCAUUUGGUCCAGAGUAACAUAUGUCUAGUCUUGUCACACAUCUAAUUAGUGGAUACAGCUAUACCAAAUUAAAAAAAUCAAUCACCGUUA